ACGCGGGGACGGGACGGGACUGGACACCCUACCCACCCUCCAACCAAGAACCGAACACCCCGCACUCCCCCACCGCUGGUCUCACCGCGUGCGCCCGGCGCCCGGCAGGCAAGGCCACGCAAGCUACGCUGACACCCACCGCACCAGGCAGAUCGAACCCGGGGGCGCGGCGAUGGCGGAAGGCAGCCGCGCGGCGGUUGCGCCGGCGCCCGGCCGGCGGGGCUGCUGCAUCGGCGGCGGGGGCUGCGGGCUUGGGCUCGCGCGGCUGGUGCGGCGCCUGCGGCGGCGGGGCAGGCGGGCGCUGCGCGCCGCCGCCGCCUCGUCCUCGGCGCAGCCGCGCCGGCGCGCGUGCCAGUACGACCCGCUCAGCUACGCGCGCAACUUCGACCUCGGCGGCUUCGACGGCGACGCCGACGCAGCGCGCGUCCACUACGGCUGCUCCUUCUCCUCCCGCUUCGUGCUCGUGCCCGCGCCGUCGUCGGCUGCCGGCGCCGGCGCGGUCCCUGCCGGCGCUGCUCCAGCAGCAGUCGUGUCAAGCUAGUACCAGAUGGAUGUUACCGUGGGCAGGUUGAUUGCUGCAUCGUGUCCUGUCGUCCCUGUAAAUACACACACUAAGCAGCCGAGCGGUUCUUGCUUUCGCGUCACACUAGCAAAGUACUCUUGCUCCAGCUACUCGCUACUGUCUGAAGUGAGAAAUGCCACUCACCUGCUCAUGUCUGCAAAA